GACUGCACCGCGCGUUGUUUGGAGAGUUGUAUUUGGUGGAUCGUGUGAGCGCGCUUUUCAGGCAGGGUUGUAGUUAUCACUGUUGAACAGUUCGGGGUACCACCGCAGGCAUGUUUAGCCCCCGAACCGCCCCGGGUUCCGGCCGUAGGCAGCCGGCCAGGACCGCCGGGAGGAAGAGCGUCUCCGGUGCGGUCCCCGGCCUCCUGUUCUCCCCGCGCAGGACGCCGUUGUCGGCGAGAUCAACACCUACCCGAGUGCAGAGCCAUGCAGGGGCAGAAACCGUUAACUAUGAUGUGCAGACCUUUGGCUCAUCCCUCCCCGUCAAAGUUAUGGAGGCACUGACGAUGGCUGACGCUGAUGAUCAGAUCUCAGUGAAGGUGUGUGAGAGCGGCUGGGCCUGGAUGGUUUGUGGAGAGAGUCUGAUCAUCUGGAAGAUCUGCCAAACUGCUGUAGCUAAGGUCUCAGUUUGUAAGGAGUUGCAACUGCCCAGCAGUGAGUACAACUACACUGCUGACCUUGUGGCUGUGACUUCCACUGCUCCCCUGGAGAUGGCUGCUGUUCAGUCCAUCUCUGUCUUGGCGGUGGCUGCAGAAGGAGCGGUUCGCUACUGGCCCAGCCUCUCCCAGGAGGGCAACUACACAGAGACCGAUGUGGACCUGGGAGAUCUGUGCAACUUUGUUGUUGCUGUCAGAGGUGGAAGCUUUGUCUUGUCCUCGGUGAAGAAUCAGCUGUUGAGAGCAAGUGCAGAUUCCUCCGGGAAACUGCAGUGCCGAGCUCUGCAGCAGGGUCAGGGCAUGCUCUCUGGCAUCGGACGUCGUGUCUCCAGCCUGUUUGGCAUCCUCUCGACACCAGCCAAUGACGCACUCUGCAGUGUGCUGUGGGUGGGGGAAAGCAGCUCCCUGUACACACUCACUGAUUCCAGUCUGAGUAAAUGGGAGGUCGACGACAGCUCGGAGCACCAGAUCCUCAACUGGGACGCGCGCAGAGUUCUGAACGAGAGCAUCACAGACGCUAUAUGGGGGUCAGAGAGCAACUAUGAGGAGAUGAAGGAGGGAGCAAAUGUGGCAUAUCUGGACAUGAAGCUCAGCCAAGCCGGGUUGGUGGUUUUGGCUGCAGCCUGGCACCCGUCCGACACUCCCUGCCUGGCCUACUUCUGCCUGGUCACCCUGCAGGACAACGGAGCCACCAUCUCUGACCAGUUCACCGUGGAGGUCACAAAGUACAGCUCUCCCUUCCAGAACAUGGAGACCCUGCAGGCCACUCGGCUGGCGUUGCCUCGUUCCCCUGGCUCCACAGCCUUUCUGUACACUGAGGACGUCGUGUUCGCCUGCUCAACAGGAACCAACCGGGUCGCAGUUCCUGAUGAGAAAAUCAGCUUUAACUCACCAGGUGGGAAAGUUGGAACGUUAGAGCAAGAACUCCUUCAUUUUGUCACUAUUACUGCNGGUCUGGUGGCGGUGGUGGCCAGAGAGAGUGCCUCCAUCCUGCCAGAGACCAUGGAGGACUCGCUGUGCUCCUCGCUGGCUGCAGCCCCGGAAGUGUCGGCCAUGGAGACGCCAACCCGAGCCGAGCCUGUAGCUCAGGAGGACAAAACCAAACUCCUGAAGGCGGCGUUCCUGCAGUUCUGUCGUAAUGACCUGGUCGGGGCUCAGACAGUCAUAGAUGAGCUGUUCCCAGCUGACGGCGAUGGGGAGGAGGGAGCUGAGCUGGACACCAUGGUGACUCAAAUCAACCUUGAUUUGGUGGACGAUUACCCGGCCUCUGACCCUCGCUGGGCCGAGUCUGUCCCCGAUGAGAGCGCUGGCUUUCCUCUCACUUCCCUCAUCAUCCUUCACCAACUGGAGGAUAAGAUGAAGGCCCAUGGCUGCUUCAUGGAGUUUUUGCUGCAGGUUGGACUGCUGGACCGACUCACUCAGGUGACUGUACGUUCAUCUCCCAUGGCAACACGCCUGCUGCUGUGUGAACACGCCGAGAAGUUGCAAGCAGCCAUGGUGCUGAAAAAUCAUCACACCAAACACUCUGAACUAGUGAACCGGGCCAUCAGCACAGCGCUGCAGAGGAACAACACCGCCGUGCCGCAAAGCCUCACCGCUGCUGACGUCUUCUUCAGAGAGGUCUCUCAGAUCUCCUUGGUGUUCGACUGUCUGCUGGAGGAGGAGGAGCGGAGUCUGAAGGAGAGUCCAGUCGACUCGGUGCAGUGGGCCGAAGUGGUCCUCACAGUCAACAACGUCAUCAAGGACAUGCUUCAAGCUGCUGGUCAGUACAGAGACAUGAAGGCCUCCAUGUACAGAGCGUCUGAAAAUGCUGCUGCAGAGCCUGAGUACAUCCCAUGGACAGCAUCAGGUGGCGUUGGCGGCGUUCGAACAGUCCUCUCGCGCCAGCACGAGAUCAUACUGCGCACAGUGUACCCACAUGCUGACUCAGAGCUGCGCAAUGCCCUUUGUGAGCAGCUGGUGGCGCUGUUGGAUAUCUACUUGGGCAGUUUUGUGGCCCAGCUUAACUCCCUGCAGCAGCAGAGGACCCAACAGGAGCGCUACAACAGCCUGGAGAUGGAGUACAGCCAGCGGCGCUCCGAGCUGCUCGCACCGCUCUUGGAGCUCGGUCAGUACCAGUGGGUGGCAGCGUUGGCUGAGAAGUACUGUGACUUUGACAUCCUGGUUCAGAUGUGUGAGCAGACAGACAACCAGAGCCGCCUGCAGCACUACAUGGCCAAGUUCGCAGAUCAGAACUUUUCCGACUUCCUGUUUCGUUGGUACAUGGAGAAAGGCAAGAGAGGGAAGCUGCUGUCCCAGCCGGCCGCUCAGCACCAGCAGCUCGCCAGCUUCCUGCAGGCUCAUCAGCACCUCAGCUGGCUGCAUCACAUCCACAUCCACGACUACCAAAGUGCCCACAGAACUCUCUACAGCCAAGCCAACAUGGAAACACGUUACUUUGUGAAAAAGAAAACACUGCUGGCUCUCAGUAAGCUGACCGCACUCGCGUCUGACCUGCCGGAGGACCAGCUCUCCAAACAAAUUGACGACAUUGUGGAGCAGGAGCGCUUCCUGCUGCAUCAGGAGACUCUGCCUCGACAGCUGCUGGAGGAGAAGCAGCAGAACCCCGACACCAUGCCUCUGCUCAGUGCUCACAACCUCAUACAGCUGUACAUCUGUGAUGACAACAGGCGAGCCAACGAGUACGAUUUCAAAAAGGCUCUGGACCUGCUGGAGUACAUCGAUGAGGACGAUGCUGUGGACAUCGACGCACUCAAAUGUGAGAUUUUCGGCAAAGCACUUAGGAGAGACGACUGGUCUUCUGCAGAUGGGAACGACGACCCUCUGGAAGCAACAAAAGACAGCAUCUUUGUCAAGAUCCUCCUCAAACUCAUUCAGGAAGGCGUCUCUCUGCAGACCUACCUGCCCGACAUCAAAGACCUCCUGGAGCUGGAUGAGCUCAGCAGUUUGAAAUCAAAGCCAUAUUUUGAAUUUGUCCUUCGAGCUAAUUAUGAACAUUACCUUCAAGCCCAGAUGUAACAACCACCAAACCCACCAGUGACACAUUGUGCGAUUCAGCUUUUCUUUGCAUUCUACUCACUCUCGGGAUGUCUUUAAAUUGUGCUCUUUUCUAAAUAAAUGUGUUGAUUUUUGUGUA